AAAGAGAUCGCUACACUUGCACUCCCACCCAAAACAAGGACAACAGAGAGACUGUAUAAAUACUACAUAAUAUAAAGAGAAUAUUUUAGAGGGAGAGAAAAUUAGAAAUGGGUUUGCUGGGGACAGAGAAUCUGGGGAGUUUCAUGGAUCGAAUAAAAUCAAAAGUGAGAUCUCUGAAGGAAAAAGGAGGAUCAAAGGGAAAGAAGAAGAAGCCGUACGUGAAAAUAGAGAAGAGCUCGAGCGUAAAGUUCGAUAUCAUGAGGAGAAAGACUCGUCGUCUCAUCGAUGAAACUCUCAAGGCCGCGGAUCGACCUGGCAAGAAAUCUGUCUCUUACUAAGUUGCCUCUGGUUAAUUCUUUUUUCUAUUUACCGUUAGCAGUUUUGAUUGUAUUGAUAGCUUGAUCGAUGCAAGGAAUGGAAAUGUUGAUGAUAAUGAUCAUUAAAGUGAUUGUUAGAUUUUUUUUUUUUGGUUAUUUUGUUGGUUAUUUGUUGAUUGGUUAAUUUGUGAAAAUUUGUUUGUUUGUUAUGGGUUUGGAUUUGAAAAGGUCAAUGGGCACGAGGGAAUCGUGCAAUAAUGAGCGUGUUUAUUGGA